AUGGGGCUGUUGCCUCCGCAGACACUUGUGUUGCUGUCUGUCGUCGUGUUUUCUGCCACAGGCGUGGGAGCUUCCAGAAGGCCGUACAGAGACGCUCGAAGUUACGACUUCGUGGUGGUGGGUGCGGGAUCCGCUGGGGCCACUCUAGCCAGCAGAUUGAGCGAGAACCCUAACUGGACGGUGUUGCUGCUGGAGGCGGGGUCCGAGCUUCCGCACUGGACCCAGGUGCCCGGCCUGACGGGCCUCUCGGUGGCCCCGCCGCACAUCUGGGAGUUCCGCACGCAGCCCCAGACCAGCGCCUGCCGCGGGGAGAAGCACGACCGCUGCCACAUCGCCACGGGACGCGCCGUGGGCGGCACCAGCGCCAUCAACAACAUGAUCUACAUGCGCGGACACAGGGAUGAUUUCGAGAACUGGGCGGCUAUGGGAAACAAAGGACGGUCGUAUGACGAAGCGCUGCCCUUCUUCAAAAAAUCGGAGGAUCUGCGCUCGGAAGCCAUCUGGCGGCUUCCAGAUGCAGCAAAGUAUCACAACCGCGGCGGACCGCUCACAGUCAGCUCCCUGGAGUACCGUUUUCCAGCACUGCAGGCAUUGCAGCAAGGAGUAAUUCUCUCCAACAUGAGUGUUGUAACUGACUUUACCGACAACACAAUGGUAGGUUAUGGAUAUUGCCAUGGAACAGUGAGAGCGGGACGACGUUGCAGCACUGCAAAAGCAUUUCUCGAGCCGGCGAGCAGACGAACGAAUCUACAUAUAAAGCAGAGAGCUUUGGUAACCAGGGUACUGAUAGACGUCAGCACCAAGGCGGCCUACGGGGUGCAAUAUGUGGAGCACGGCAGAACGAAAGUAGUCAGAGUAUCUCGCGAAAUCAUUCUGUCUGCUGGGGCGUUCGGUUCACCAAAGAUACUCAUGCACUCUGGAGUUGGAAGGCAGGAAAUUUUAAAGCCGCUGGGGAUUCCCGUUAUCCAGAACUCUAGCGUUGGCUGUAACUACCACGAUCACAUCCUCUACGAGGGCCUCGCGUAUGUCUUCGACUGCAGAAAUUUCGGAAGGGAGAGUCUGCUGAAGGACACGCUCAGGUACUACCGGAACAAAACCGGGCCAUUUUCUAACAUCCUCUGCAAUGGAUUUAUGGGCUUCUUGCAGACGAAGAAUGAGACCUCCAAGGGAAACAGGCCGAGCAUGCAAGUGUAUCACCAGUGCGCAGCACUAGGGAUCCCCGUGGGCGAUACUGUCCCAGUCAUCAUAUCAGCAACGACGAAAAUUGGUCGGCAGGCAGAGUGGAUACAAGUGUUAACGGAAACCGGGUGCAUGGUUACGCCAGUGUUGUUGCUUCUGCAGCCGCGCAGUAGGGGUUGCGUCGAGCUGCGAAGCGCGAACCCGCACGAUGAUCUGAUCGUCAGCGCCAACUACAUGACGCAACCCGAGGACAUGGAGACGUUACUGGAAGGCCUCCAGCAGGUGGUAGACGUCGGCCUGCGGACUCCUGGUGUACGAGGUGUUCGCCACGUACCACUGCAGCAGUGCUCCCACUACGGCGCACUCACUAAGGACUACUGGCGCUGCGCCAUGCCUUUCGUGACGUCAUCGGCUAUGCACCCGGUCGGCACUUGUGCCAUGGGCACCGGAAGUGACGCAGUCGUCGACCCGCAGCUGCGGGUGCGGGGUAUCUCUGCGCUGCGCGUCGUCGACGCCUCGGUCAUGCCAGCUAUCGUCAGCGGUAACACCAACGCACCAACAAUUAUGAUCGGCGAAAAGGCUGCAGAUAUGAUUGCUGAGACAUGGCGCGGACGAAACUGA